CUUUUUAUUUUUUUUUGUUAAAGUGACACGUGUCACAAAUUAAUUGGUUAAAAAAAUAUUAAAAAAAAAAACCACCAUCAAUCACCCAACCCUCCAACCUUGCUCACCGGAGCCCCCAACCCCACCCACUGCCCUCUCCCUCUUUCACCGGAAAAACCACUGCACGGCUCAGACCGAAACCCAACCCUCCCCCACCCCCGCCAACCACCACAGCCUCGCCAAACACCACAACCACCCCAGCAACCCCAGCCGCGGCCAACACAACCGCAAACACCAACCUCGAAACAAUCACUCAAUUCCCCAGCCAUGAACGUUUAACGGUCACGAAACUCAGUUGAAACCCCUCCCCUAAUCCCGAAAACACCUAUCCACCCCUAAAUUUGCAAUUUGGGGUUUUGAUGGCAGCGAUUUUGGGGUUUUGGUGGCUGCGUUUUGGGGUUUUGGUGGCUUCGAACUUUGGAUAUAAUUCAAAGUUGGGAUUAUUUUAUAAAAAUUGAUAAAAGUUGGGAUUAUUAUUUCUAAUUUUUCCUUUUAUAUAUAGGAUAGGAUUUUAAAAGGUUGGAAAAUAAAAAGAUCAACAUGAUCCUACAAAAAUAGAUCAACACGUAGUUCCUCUUUGUAAAAGAAAUAAAAUAAAAUCAAAUUGAAUUUCGUCGGUCCAACCAAUUGAAGCGCACUUGACGUUCUCCAUUGAAGCAGCUUCUGAGCCUUUUUCAGUGUGUCUGUUGUUGAACAGAAGGAAUCUCAGGGUUAUGCAAGUUAUAAAUAUGGCUGCAUCAUACCAAGUGUUAAUGUCUGGGGAAAAAAAGGUCAACAACAACAACAAUACCAACGUUGACAACAGCAAUAGUUAUAGCAGCGUUGAUAACAACAAUGGCAGCGUUGAUAACAACAAUAGCAGCGUUGAUAACAACGAUGGCUGCCGGGCAUGUGUUGGUUUGAUUGUCUCGUUGCUCUUGAUUGUUGCUUUAGUUUGUUUUAUUCGUAUUGAUGAUAAGAUAAAUGGCGACAGCAACUUCAAGCUAGAGUUCCAGAUCAAUUCUGUUGAGGUGACUUCCAUGAAAGUAUAUAAUGUCAGUAAUGAUUACUAUUCUGUCAUUGUUGGCGACAAGAAACAACACUUAAUGGCAGAUUUGGAGUUUAAUCUGACAUUGAAUAACAAGGUAGAAGGAUUGAUGUAUUUUAACCCUAUGGAAGUGUCAUUAGAGUAUCACCAUGAUGAGUUUCUAUCGUCGACUAUGCUUGAACCUUAUCUUCUUGUGGAGGAUCAACACCAACUGCAAUUUGGAAUGCAGAUCAAGGAUGAUGAUGCACGCCUUCAGAACAGGACUGUGGAUUCAAUCUCUCGGGAUUUGGCGGACCAGAAUGUUGUCCAGUUUGCUCUCAAAGGGAAAGGUCGUUGUGUAAGUUGGCGUAGAGGUGCUUUUGUGAAUUGUGGUAUCAAUCUCUUGUGUGAUGACAUAAAGGUUAGGAUUUUAACUGCAACUUCAACUAAUUUGACGACUGGGAGUAUGAUUGACAGCCCACUUCUUUGCAAAUUUAACUCUGAUUGUCAUGAUUUCUAGAAAUAUUCAAUUCUACGAGUCUAUGACUAAUUGUCUAGAUACAAGAUUUGUAAAUGUAAUGGUAUGAUCUAUCUAUCUGUACGAUUUUGGCUAUUUGAGGUGAACUUUCAUGUCUUUAGAUUCAGUAUUUUGAUGUUGUC